AUGAAAAGAACUUAAAGAAGGUUAUCGAAGUGUGUUGAUGAAGAAAUGCAAUCAGAUUCCUCUAAAUAAUAAUCUGAUUCAGAAUUUAUUAUAACAGAGACUUCAGAAUCGGAAAAACUAAAAAGUAAAUCUUUUUGGAGUCUUAAAGGACUGAGUUAUUAAAUUAAAACACUUGUGAAAGAAUUAAAAAGCACUACUUACAAAAUACUAGCAAACAUUCUUAUUGAAAAAUUGUAGAAUGAACUAUAAAAAAUUCAUACUACUGAAAGAAGAAAAGAGAUACAGAAUCUUAAAAGACGUGUAUAUGAUGCUAUUAAUGUUAUGGUUGCUAUGGGAGUUCUUGAAAAAGAUAAGAAAUAAAUAUCAUUUCAUGAAUAAAAGAACAAAGAAGUUGUUAAUUUUUAAAAAGAGUAAGUUCGAAGUAAAUUAGAAAUACUUAAAGAAAAAAGAAGAAAACUUACAAAAGCUACUCUCACUUAUAUGAUGUAUAAAUAACUCAUUCAAAGAAAUUAAUAAAUUAAGUUGGAGUCUGAAUCUAUCCUUUUUACUCCUGUUUUUGCUUUUUCUGUGUAAGUUUUUGACAAUGAUCUAUGUAUGCAACAAAAAAAUGGAAGAAAAUUAAUUAUCAAAUCUAAAUAGCCUAUUUAUAUCUACACUGAAUUAGAAGUCUUAUAAAAGAUACUAAACUGA